GAAGAUUAACCACUGAUGGCGUUGAAAAUGUCGGAUUAUUUCGAUGAAAUGGGUUGGACACCACUAGGAGAUGGCGAGGCACCAAAUAAUCUAAUGCAAAUAGCAAGGCUCUUUCGAGAUUAUGGUAUGUGGAAUUUUUUGGGCCUCCCCAACGAACUACCACCACCUGCUUCAAAAUCUGCGAUUGAGAAUCUGAAAGAAAUUGAAGUUAGUUCUUCGGAUUCAAAACAAUGUCCUGUAUGUUUAAAAGACUUUGAAGCUGGAAUAUUCGCAAAGUGCAUGCCCUGUAAACAUACUUUUCAUACAGAGUGUAUAAUACCGUGGUUAGAAAAGACAAAUUCGUGUCCGCUAUGCAGAUAUGAAUUACCAACGGAUGAUGAGGAUUAUGAAAUGUAUAGGAAGGAAAAGCAACGUGCAGUGGAAAGAGAAAAAGAUUUAGAAACUUUGCAUAAUUCAAUGUUUUUGUAGAAAAGUAUAUGUAUAUAUGUAAACGUCAAGUGUUUUAUUUCUUAAUAUGAUCACAGAUGAGGAUGUACGUUACAGAAUUCUACAAAUAUUAUGUUUAAUGUGUUCAUUGCGGAUGGUUUUUUCAUGUACUUUCAUAUUUGAGGUGGUAUGAAUCAUGUGCACUAUAUAUCAUAUUUGAGUAAAGUAUAUAGCCUACCAAGAAGAAGAGUACAACAUGAGAUAGACCUUACAGCAGCAAAUAGAGAUUAACAUUGUCCACCGAAUAAAGUUAUUUUCAUAUUUAAGGAAUGUGAAGCAUCCUGGAAAAUCUGACAGAUGGAAGUCCGAUGCAUUAGAAGAUACAUGUAUUUGCAUGUAGUAAACAUAUUGUUAUACGCGUGAAAGUAUACGCUAAACUUUAAUUGGUUAUCUACAAAAUUGGCUUUGAUAAAGUAGCUUCUGUGAUUUUAUUCAAAAGUUUUACAUUCAUACAGUUGAUAUUUAUCUAUCCAGUUUAUCAGCACAAAAGAGAUGGACAUUCUUCUUUUGCAAGGCUAUCGUUUUGUUAAGCUGCAUUGUUAUAAAUUAAUCUAUUAAAAGUUAUAAUUAUACAUAAAUUAAUAUUUUUAAGUUGUAUGUUAUAAAUGAAUAAAUUGAAGCCAAACGCAUUAAAAAUCA